AUGCACAGAUCGACGGACAGACAGAGGGUCGUAUGGGCGGACAGACGGACAAAUAGAGGAACUACGCUAAGAUGGACUCCGCCCAGGACAGGCCGAGAGAGAGAGAGAGAGAGAGUGGCAUUCUUGCGCGAAGUGUCGCACCGCCUGGAAGACAUGUUGGCGCAGUCACGCAGCCGUGAUAAGGCGCCGAGGGCGUCGGAUUUCUUGCGCUCGCAGCUCCCAGCGAGCUCCCGCCGAGGCGUUUUCCUGCUUGCCAGGUCCACAUGCGCAGCAACUGACAAAAAUACUAUUAUUAUUAUUAUUAUUAUUAUUAUUAUUAUUAUUAUUAUUAUUAUUAUUAUUAUAAGAAGAAGAAGAAGAAGAAUGCGGACACCGCGCCCCGUUCGAACGCCGCGCCUGACCAGAGCCAUCGCCGCUGCAGCUAACGCCUUGGCCGGCCGCCGCCAUGUGCGGCAUGUGCUGCCGCGCGCGGCCGCCCACGCCGCCCCGGCCAAGGUGAGUACGAUGAGGCAGGGCGCGACGCGGGCCGGCGCGGCCGGCCGGGCUGGCGCGCGGUCGGGUGCGGGACGGGUCGCGACUCGCCGAGACGGACACGCGGCCGCGCGGCCUCUCGCCGCUGCCUCUCGAGGCGACGCGCCGCCUGCUCGGCGACCAACGGCUUGA